CCUUGCCCAAUGAGUCCAAUUGCAGCCUUUCACAAUGUCAUUGACCUCCGAACUGGCAAUCACGCUUGUCGAGAAAUUUGGCCUGAGGUUCUAAUUGAAUAUAAAAUAGACCUCGUCUACGAUGUUGCCUUAUCUGUUAUAUUGUUGCUUAUACCUCUAAUAAUGAUGGGGAUUUUCUACGGAUUAGUCAGCAAGAAGCUUUGGAUAUCAUCAAACCAAUGCAACUAUACCCCAUCAAUAGACAAUUCUAACAAAACAUCCGAGUAUUCUUCACCUAAAUGGAAAUCUCGUAAAGACAAAUACGGAGUAAGGAAAUACCCUGCGCCAAGCAAAGGACCAUCUAUGAUGUCACACAAUUUAUCCAACAGGAAGAGAGUCAUUCGAAUGCUAGUUGUCAUAGUGCUUCAGUACUUCAUAUGUUGGGCACCAACAUAUCUUUUGAGCACGUGGGAAGCCUUCGAUUUCAUGGCAGUUAUAAAAAAUGUUUCACCGAUUGCCAAAUCAUUGAUACUUCUUUUGGCAUAUACCUCUUCUUUUAUUCAUCCGCUUACGUAUGGUUUUAUGAAUAGAAACUUUAGACAGGGAUUUAAAAGUCAGUUUCGGUGUUCAAAUAAAGACAGUCCACAGGCGGCCUCAUUUCGCAACACACAAAACGGUAGAUCUCUUGUUGAUUCUUGCGCUUGACACAUGAAAAGGCUGCAACACAGUAUUGAGGAUUUUUUUGUUGUUGUUGUUUUUCGUUCUAAUAAAAAAAGCUCUCUUGAUGCAGUAAUUCUUACAUAGUUUAAAUAACUUAUCUGAUAAUAUUACGACAGCCAUCUUGCAAUUUUAAUUGCAACAAACCAAACGAAAGACUCCUUAUUGAUUCUUGAGCUCGAUAAAAGUGUUUUAAAGUGUUUUCCCCUUUGAAACGAAAAUCUCUGUUCCUUCUGACUGUAUAAUUUAAACGGUAUACAUAUAUCAAUUUUACUGCGUAUUUGUAAAAGGCAGCAUAAUUAUUACUUGAUGGGAAGAAGACAAAACCAAAACUUUGUUCAGUGGUCAGAUAAUCAGGAUCCGAAGCUAAUUAUCUGGAUUUCUUUUUAUAUAAACAGUGUGAAACUUGCUAUUUGGCCUGAAAAAAAAAACAUCCUCGGUUAUUUUGUAAGGCAUUUCAAUAUUUAUUUGCAAUUACUGAUGAUCAGCUAAAUGGUUUGUAUUGAUAUUGUCCAGUAUUGAGGCGUUAAUAUUUUUUAUCGUGAUCUUGACUCUGAACGGAACUUGUCUUUUAGUAUUUUUAUUUUCUGAAAAGUUCUUUGAACCAGCAGAGAUAUACAUAUAAUUAUUUCAUCAACUAAUCUCACUGAAUACAAGAAAAAGUAUUUUACCAUAGGGAACGGUUUUGAUUCUUGAAUUUAUAAGGCUUUUGGUGUAUAAAUAACAGAUACAAUAUUUGUUACGUAGUUUUAAAAAUGAACAUAUUAAGUGUCAAGAACUAAUGUCUUUGUAUUCUUUCAAAUAAUACAAAUGAACGUAUAGUUUUUCAGAACUUGGUUUUGCUUAUGACCCAUUAAUUAUUAUAAUAAGAGCUAUGUAUUAAGUACGUUUUAGUACUUAUCUUUAAUUGAUUUAACAAUUGUCAUUUACUGUUAAAUCUUACUAUAUACCUUAAUGCAUAAUAUGGAAUUUUUAAACAUGUGAUUAAAUUAUAUUUAACGAGACUUAGCUUUCAUAACAGUGACUAUAAUCAUGCAGCGAACAACAUGAGGUCAUAUAUUCGUAAUGUGCAGAUUUUCUAUAAUUACUAUUCGCUGUCUGACAAAAAUGUGCUCUUUUCUUAAAGUUAAGUCUAUUCUAUACUAUAUCAAACAUAAAUUUCAGAAAAAAAAAAUAUUAUAGUAAAACUUAUACUGUACAUGAACAGUUUCAAUUAAACCGAGUCUGCACCAUUUUCAAUUUUGUCCUUUAGGGUUUCUGAUUUUUUCUUUGUUUCACUGUAACAUCACACACAUUUUUAAAUAAACAUUCACAUUGUUGGUUUUAUAAAAACAACUGAAAGAAAUAAAUCUGCUCUGUUUAUGUCUUAAAGGUUUAUCGGCAGCAUGAUGUAAUAUAAAAACAUUAAAAGCAUUUGCAAAUUGUUAAACUUUGCCUAUAUGUAUACAUAUGAUAA